GGAACCGAAAGCAUACCAGACUCAGCUGCACUGCACACCUCGGCUGAUUUUGCGAAUCAUCCACUGGCUGGAUAUUUUUUAAUGCUUUUGAUUUCACCGCAAGCCUAUCUCGAACAGCUUCUUAUCAACGCUGCAUGACUUUGCAAUUGCCGUCUUUUAUUUCAGACUUUGUUUUACACAAACUGCAUCGGGACCUGUAUAAUGUUUUAAAUGUUAUGUAUCAUAUCUGAAGAAAUUAAUUAGCUGAACGCUAUCUGCAAGACUUUUGAGAAUACAAGAGAAACCUCGCCAUACAAUCCUGGAAAUGUUGGAAAAUCGUGGACUGGACUGGUAGUAUUAAGGCGCGUUUCUCUGCUACAGCACGGUUUUCCUACCCUUAAGAGAUUUUUGAUUUUGUUUUCCUCUCGGCUCAAUACAACAGUUUUCAUUUCUCAAUGAGGAUUUGUGUACCUGCCCAGAUGAUGUGAGAUUUGUAAUCAUUGUAGUUUAAGAAAGGUAAGAUAACCUUUCUGCAAUAUAUUUAACGACUGACGGAGUAGACGCUUAAGCGAAAACGCUGAAAUUACAUCUGGAUGCAUCUGGAAUCUUAUGAUGCUGCGAAGAACCACACAUAUACAUUUUAACGCGCUGUUUCUUUUGGAUAUGCAUUUCAUUUCUACGGACUAAUUUCCCGGAAUCCUCAUUUCCAGCAUAUUCUAUUAUUUUGUGAAUAUAAGCAUUUUUUUUCUUUACCCAAAAUGGUAAAUUUUGAAAAUCAGUAUUGGCUACCAGUUUGUAGUCUAUUAUGAGCAACAUUGAUUUGGAAAAACUUGUAAAUUAAUUGUAUUGACCCUUUUAGAAGGUGUUAUCGUCGCUGCUUCACUUAAAUUCCGGCAUAGUAGCCUAUGCCGAGACCUAUGGUUAGUAUGACAUUAAAUACAGUAUCAUUACAAGGUACUAUUCAGUAAAUAACAAUUCAUUAGAUUAAGGCGCGCAUUAUACCAUCUUAAUUGGUUUUCGUUUUUCGUCUAAAAAUUUACGUUCUCGUGACAACUUUUGAUUAAAUGAGCGCUAUAUGUCUGUCUGGACGUUAUGAAAGGCUCUAGUAUACGCAGUUGUGCAACAUUAUAGCAGGUGCUAAUGCAGAUUUAAGGAAGAAAAUCAACAGGUACAAUGCCCUCUAAGGAAAUGGAUUUUAUACAAAUUCUUUUAAUAGCGCUCUUGUGCUGGACUGUGGCCGAGGCUGUGAUCAAUCUGAAAUAUUCGGUGGACGAGGAGCUGAAAGCGGGGACGCUCAUCGCAAACGUGGUAAAGGACGCAAUAGAGGCAGGAUUUAUGGUUGAUUCUCAGCCGUUGUUGCGAGUCAUUUCCAAUUCUGAGCCGCAUUGGGUGGACAUUAGCCCAGCAGGAUAUCUUAUCACCAAACAAAAAAUUGACCGGGAUAUAGCUUGUCGACAGACCCCGAAGUGUUUCAUCUCCCUGGAAGUGAUGUCCAACUCAAUGGAAGUCUGCGUGAUUAAAAUUGAAAUCAAGGAUCUGAACGAUAAUGCACCCCGAUUCCCCACAGAUCACAUAGACAUCGAAAUCUCAGAGAACGCAGCCCCCGGCACCAGGUUUCCCCUAGAGGGGGCAAGUGACCCGGAUUCGGGGAGCUUUAGUGUACAAACAUACGAGAUCACCCCAAAUGAUCUCUUUGGACUUGAGAUUAAGACGAGAGGGGAUGGAUCCAAGAUUGCUGAGCUUGUGGUGGAAAAGACGCUGGACAGAGAAACACAGUCUCACUAUAGUUACGUAAUCACUGCUGAAGACGGUGGAGACCCCCCAAAGUAUGGAACUGUUCAGCUUAAUAUUAAAGUCAUAGAUUCAAAUGACAACAACCCAGUUUUUGACGAACCUGUGUACACAGUUAACGUGAUGGAAAAUUCUCCUAUUAACACAGUUGUCAUUGACUUGAAUGCAACAGAUCCCGACGAAGGCACAAAUGGCGAGGUAGUGUACGCAUUUAACAGUUACGUCACAGAAAAAACAAGGGAUGUUUUCAAAAUUGACCCUCGAACCGGCGUGAUCACUGUAAGUGGAGUACUGGACUACGAGACAAUGCAUAUCUAUGAGAUCGAUGUUCAAGCCAAAGAUUUAGGUCCCAAUUCAAUCCCGGCGCAUUGCAAAGUGACUGUAAAUGUAAUGGACACAAACGAUAACGUGCCAGUAAUUAAUCUGCUAUCCGUGAACAGCGAGAUGGUAGAAGUCAGUGAGAACGCGCCGCUGGGGUACGUCAUUGCAUUGGUUAGGGUUUCAGAUAAGGACUCUGGGGCGAAUGGAAAGGUGCAAUGCAGGCUACAAGGUAACGUUCCCUUCAGAUUGCAGGAAUACGAGAGCUUUUCCACCAUACUUGUUGAUGGCAGGCUGGACAGGGAACAGAGGGACAUGUACAACCUGACAAUUCAUGCAGAAGACAGUGGCACCCCCUCACUGAAAACCACAAAAUCGUUUGCAGUAAAAGUGACAGAUGAAAAUGACAACCCUCCUCACUUCACUAAACCACAUUAUCAAGAAAUGAUCUUGGAAAACAACACCCCUGGCGCCUAUUUGCUUUCUGUAUCAGCAAGGGACCCUGAUUUGGGUUUGAAUGGCACAGUAACGUACCAAAUAGUGCAGUCCCAGGUACGAGAUAUGCCCAUUUUAACGUAUGUGUCAAUGAAUCCAAAUACCGGUGACAUUUAUGCCGUGAGAUCAUUCAACCACGAACACACCAGGACUUUGGAAUUCAAAGUUUUGGCCAAAGAUGGCGGUAACCCAUCUCUAACCAGUGAUGCUACCGUAAAAAUUGUCGUUUUAGAUGUAAAUGACAAUACCCCAGUAAUGACCACCCCGCCACUGGUGAACGGUACAGCCGAGGUCUCCAUUCCAAGAAAUGCUGGAGUUGGUUACCUGGUUACCCAGAUAAAAGCGGACGAUUAUGAUGAAGGAGAAAAUGGAAGAUUAACGUAUUCAAUCUCAGAGGGAGAUCGUUCUUUCUUUGAGAUAGACCAGGUGAAUGGCGAGGUUCGGACCACGAGGACAUUUGGGGAGAAUUCAAAGGCGACCUACGAGAUAACAGUGGUAGCGCAUGACCAUGGAAAGACGUCUUUGUCUGCUUCAGCGUUUAUUGUAAUCUACCUCUCGCCGGACCUGAAUGCACAGGAGUCUAUCGGACCCGUAAACUUGUCCCUCAUCUUCAUCAUUGCCCUGGGGUCUAUUGCUGCCAUCCUGUUCGUUACAAUGAUUUUUGUGGCAGUCAAGUGCAAAAGGGAUAACAAGGAGAUUCGAACGUACAACUGCAGUUUCUUCUACUUGCGUAGGGUGGCGGAGUACUCCUACGGCAACCAGAAGAAGUCCAGCAAGAAGAAGAAGCUGAGCAAGAACGACAUUCGGCUGGUGCCCCGCGACGUGGAGGAGACGGACAAGAUGAACGUGGUGAGUUGCUCGUCGCUCACCUCCUCGCUCAACUACUUCGACUACCACCAGCAGAGCCUGCCGCUGGGCUGCAGGCGGGCCGAGAGCACCUUCCUCAACGUGGAGAACCAGAACUCGCGCAAUGCCGCCCCCAACCACGGCUAUCACCACAGCUUCGCCGGGCAGGGCCCGCAGCAGCCCGACCUCAUCAUCAACGGCAUGCCACUGCCAGAGACGGAGAAUUAUUCCAUUGACUCCAGUUAUGUAAACAGCCGAGCUCACCUUAUUAAAAGCACAUCCACGUUCAAGGACAUGGAAGGCAACAGCCUCAAGGACAGCGGUCACGAGGAGAGCGACCAGACGGACAGCGAGCACGACGUGCAGCGGGGCCACUACGCCGACACGGCCGCCAACGACGUGCUCAACAUGAGCGCGCCGCUCAGCUGCUCCCAGCCUCCCGAGCAAGACUCCACUGAAGGCUUCCACUGCCAGGACGAGUGUCGGAUCCUGGGCCACUCGGACCGCUGCUGGAUGCCCCGGGUGCCGGUGCCGGCCCGCGCCAAGUCGCCGGAGCACAACCGCAACGUGAUCGCCCUGUCCAUCGAGGCGCCCACCGUGGACGUGCCGCACUACGAGGACUGCGGCACCGCCAAAAGGACUUUUGCCACCUUCGGCAAGGACGGGCCCGAGGAGCACGAGGCCAAGGGGAAGAGGCCAGGGGACGCGCCCUCAGCGUCGGCGUGCAGCCCCAAGGCCAACGGGGCGGUGCGCGAGGCGGGCAACGGACGCGAGGCCGCCAGCCCCAUCACCUCGCCCGUCCACCUCAAGAGCCCCGUCGCCAAGCCGCCCCCGUCCUCCGCCUACAACACGCUGAAGUGCCGGGACGCCGAGAGGAUCGCCAACCACAGCCUCCUCCGGCAGCCGGAGGGCAAGGACAGCGAGCCGGCCGUGAGGGAAAUCAACCAGCUCCUGCAGAACAGCCGCGACAAGGAGUCGCCCGGCAACAAGCGCCUGAAGGACAUCGUCCUCUAACCGCGCAGGGCCCGCAGUCAGCUGGGGGUCGCGGGGUCGCGGGGUCACGGGGUCACGGCUCGUGUGCGCACGCUUUGGACGUGUCAGUGUGCGCGUGCGUACACGAGAACGAGUGAGAGAGAAAGAGAGAGAGAGAGAGCAAGAGAGCGAGGGCGGGGGAGAGAGAGAACAAGAAAGAGAGAGAGAGACACCUGCAACACAGCUUAAAGGACGCGGAGGUCAUCCAGAGAAGGAUAAAGAAAUAAAAUGCCCUCGGACAUUUGCUGGAGAACAAAAAGGCUUUGACGUGGCUUUGUACUUAUAGCAGUAAUUUCUCUAAUUUCUCUUCAUUUUCUCUGUCCAGGAAAAGGGGGGUAGUGGGGUUGUGCUUAAACUGAAUCCUCCUUUUGUUGGUGUGUUUUUCUUUUUUCCUCUUUUUCUCAGAGGGGGAAAUUGAAAUUCAGCUGGAUUUGUGGGAACACUCACGACGACGGACACAAGUAGAUAUGCCUUUUGAAAAAAAAAAAAAAAACUUUUUGUAUUUUCUGAUAUCGCCUUUUUGGGUUAGCGGUUUGUGUCAGCUGCCAGAUUGUUCAAUGUUGAAGUAGACCUUUUUUUGUUGAUGUAAGACCCCCAAAUGCUACAACGUACACAAAAUGUUUUCACAAACUUUGGUUACAAUCAGCUACUUUGCUCUGAAUAUGAUGUAAAGAAACGGGGUCAGAAACAGACUUUGGGCUCAUCUCCUUCUUGUUCACAGUUUCCAUGUGUCUGAUAACAGAACCUCCCUCUGCUUUCCACCAAGACUUUCUGCAUCACAAAACUGUGAGGUCUUUACGGUAUUUAUUUUUUAUCACUGACGGAUCUAACUGAACUCAUAUCAACCGGAGUCCACCAAAUGCUCGAAGCGGGAAGGACAGAUCGAUCCGAGAAAAAACGGAAACUGAGAAAACACUUGUACCUUUUGAAUCUCCUGUGCCCAUUCUUGAUUGUAGCCAAUUGGACACAGUUUACUAGAACUUUGUGCUCUGGUCUUGUACUUUUUUGAAAUUCUGACUAUUGGGCUAGGAUAGAGGGGUUCGUCACUCACAUGUCUUGCUAUGUGAAACUCUGUAUAGGGUUUGCUAUUAUCAUUUUUUAACCUGUUGUUAUGUGACAAUCCCUUUAACGUUUUGUUUGGAGAAAAUAAACAUUGGUGUUCAACUGAAGCUAAAGUAGCGUUUGUUACACAAACACAAAAAGAAAAAAAACAUAUAUGCCAAAAUAUAUUUUAUAAAUAAUUUAAAAUGUAUAAUGAGAAUAUUUAAUGCUGUGUAGUUAUUUUAUUAGUAAGUUAUACUUGAAAUUAACAUUUUUUCCUUUAUGAUUUUUUUCAUUAUGAUUAUUUUUUAUUCUCAAAUUGAUCUUGGUUUUUUGUUUACUGUGUUACCCCUGGCAACUGUUGACUUGCAGUCUACCUUGUUGUAAAAGAGUUUCUUAUUGGUCAGUUCUUGUGCCAUCAAGUUUCUGUGUGGGCAAAUAGAAAAAGAAAAAAAGACAAAAAAAAGCAACUUCAGCACCAACAGUAGUGUGUCAGUUCAAUGAGCUUAGAGUGAGAUAGCAAAAGAAACCAAAAAAUAAAUAAGAUGCAAACAAAAGUAUGACAUAAACAUAACAAAAUCGGUGGUUUAAUCUUAAUAUUUAAGUAAAGGAUAAGAUUAUCUUGCAAGCUGAUGAUGCGAUUCCACACAUUUGGGAAACACUCUUCCUCUGUGUCUUACCCUAGGAUCCUACUGGGCCUGGGGUGCCAACAUAUAGGUGUGAAAAUGCAGAUGUUGAAAUGAGAACAGACUCGCUUACAGCAGCUCAGUAGCUGUGACACUUUAGCUUCUUUGAAUCAAGAGGUCAAACUGGGAAAAGAAUGAGGAGACCCCCCCUCGCCCUCCCCCCUCCUGAACAAAAUAACAAAACAAAACACUUAGUGGAAUCGUUCAUCACAUGCAAGCAUGGUCUGGAGGAUUAUUGUAUUGCAAAAUUAUACUUGCAAAUGGGUUUUUUUGGGUUGCAGUAUAAACCACUUGGUAAAAAGCUUGGUGAGAGGAUGAAGUGUUUAUAAUGGAACAGGACUUGUAGCUGAAUGUUCUACAGGUCUCAACAACAGCUUCUGGCAACAUGAAAAUUGGAAUAUUCACUGAAUGUAUACAGCUGCUUAUUAUUAAACUAUUAAAUGUUCUCCA